AUGAAGGGUAAAGAUUCCAAACCGGAAAGGAAAAAUCCCGAGAGAAGUUCUCGGAUGGUCCCCUUAACAUUGAUGUUCAUAGUUCUAUGUGGAUUCUCAUUUUAUCUGGGCGGCAUUUAUUAUUCGGAAAAAGGAAAAUUCUCACCGUGGAAUGUAGUUCCUGAACCUUCUGCUAAAACUGCCAUAGCUCCUCUUCGCAUGAAAGCCAUUGCUUUCCCGGAGUGCAGCAAGGAUUAUCAAGAUUACACCCCAUGCACAGAUCCAAAGGUACACUUAAUUUCUGGGUCCUCGUUUCAUUUUAUUCUUCUAGAGAAUUGCUGAAUCAUCAAACAAACAAAUAAGACUUUGGACAUGAUUAAUAUUUGAAAUUUUCCGUCGUGCAAAAGUAGGGACAAGUAAUGAAAUAAAAAAUAAGAUAUAACAUUUUUUUUGUUAUUGCAUAAAUAUACUUCUCCUUCCACUACGUGGUUGUAUGAAACUAUGAAAAGUAACAAUUGAUAUCAUUACUCUUCCUACUGGCAGAGGUGGUGGAGCUAUGGCAAACAUCGACUAUCUCAUAUGGAACGCCACUGUCCUGCUAGAGCGCAGAGAAAGGAGUGCCUGGUACCUCCCCCAGAUGGGUACAAGAUACCAAUCAGGUGGCCGAAGAGCAGAGAUGAAUGUUGGUACAGGUAAUAUAUUCUUUCUUGGCUUCCCGUCUCUGAUGUCAUACUCUGAAUGCUCCUUCGAUUAUCAUGAAAGGAAAACAGAUGAAUGGAAGGCAAAGGGACUGCAUUUUAGUGUCCUGUAAAUUUUCCUUGAGUCUUAAUUAUUCACCUCUAUUUAAUUCAUCGGCUGAUGAAAUUAUUUUAAGAAUCUUUUUCCUCUGACAUAUCUCCAGAAACGUUCCAUAUGACUGGAUAAAUAACGAGAAAUCGAAUCAGAACUGGCUGAGAAAAGUAGGUGAGAAGUUUAUUUUCCCCGGCGGCGGCACCAUGUUCCCCAAAGGAGUCAGUGCAUACGUCGAUUUGAUGCAAGAUCUGAUCCCUGGAAUGAAGGAUGGAACUAUCAGGACUGCCAUCGACUCGGGAUGCGGGGUAACUUGAUUUGCCCUCCCUCCUCUGUAUCCAAGUUUGACUUUUUCUCGCAACAUUUUGAUGUGGUGAUAACAGUUUCUUCUCUCUGAUUGAUUCCUCCGAUUCGACGAUUAUAAUCAAUGCUUUCAUCGAAUCCUCCUCUCAUCAGAUUAGAUAAAGUCCAUUACAAUUUGGUUGCUGCAGGUGGCAAGCUGGGGAGGUGAUCUGCUGGAUCGCGGAAUUCUCACUCUCUCCCUGGCACCGAGGGACAACCACGAGGCUCAAGUUCAAUUUGCCCUCGAACGUGGCAUUCCAGCUAUCUUGGGCAUCAUCUCCACGCAACGGCUUCCCUUCCCUGCCAAUUCCUUCGACUUGGCUCACUGUUCUAGGUGCCUCAUUCCAUGGACAGAAUUCGGUAAACAUAUUUCUUUUCUCUCUCUCUCUCUCUUUAUACCCCAUGCAUAUCUUUCUUCGUUAAUUCCAUCCAUCCAUCCAACCCCCCACAAAAAAGAACGUUUUUUUUUUAAAUUUCUCCAGGUGGGCUCUAUCUCAUGGAGAUCCACAGGAUCCUCAGGCCGGGGGGGUUCUGGGUUCUCUCCGGACCCCCAGUCAACUACGAGAACCGGUGGAAGGGAUGGAACACGACCAUCGAGGAGCAAAAGUCAAAUUGCGACGGACUGAAGAAGCUGCUGACGAGCAUGUGCUUCAAGCUGUACAACCAGAAGGAUGACAUCGCCGUGUGGCAGAAGGCCUCCGACGGCGCCGCCUGCUACGACCAGAUGAAGACGCCCGGCUUCUACCCUCCCCAGUGCGACGAUGGCACCGAUCCGGACGACGCCUGGUACGUGCCCCUCCGGCCGUGCGUCUCCGUCCCCGGCCGGCAGUUCAAGAAGCUCGCCGUCGGCGCCGCCCCGAAGUGGCCGCAGCGGCUGCUCCUCCCGCCGGAGAGGAUCUCCCUGGUCCCCGGCGGCCACGCCGGCGGCUUCAACCACGACAACAGCAAGUGGAAGGAGAGGGUGAAGCACUACAAGGCCCUCCUCCCGGCGCUCGGCACGGAGAAGGUUCGCAAUGCCAUGGACAUGAACACCCUCUACGGAGGCUUCGCCGCCGCCCUCAUCGACUCCCCUCUCUGGGUCAUGAACGUCGUAUCCUCCUAUGGCGUCCGCUCCCUCGGCACCAUCUUCGACCGGGGUCUCGUCGGCACCUACCACGACUGGUAAGAGAACCCCCUUCUCUCUCUCUCUCUCUCUCUGCAACUUCACACAGGAACAAACUUCGCCGUCAUCAUCAACACUCUCCGACGGAUCCAUCUUCUUGAAACCUGGAUUAUAUCGACGUGGUAAUUGUCUACCCAGGUGCGAGGCCUUCUCGACGUAUCCCCGGACGUACGACCUGCUCCACCUCGACGGCCUGUUCGCCGCGGAAAGUCAUAGGUCAGCGUCUUCUCUCUUUCUCUCUCUCUAUGUCAACUCCAUUAGUUUGACUAGUCGACUGAACCGAGCAGGUCUCUCGGGGAAGACAGGCAGCUGUCUCUAUCUAUCUAUCUAUCUGUCUGUCUGUCUGUCUAUUUCUAUGUCAACGCUGUGAGUUUGACCCGUCUGUGAAACAUAAAUCGUGACAGGUGCGAGAUGAAGCUGGUCAUGCUGGAGAUGGACCGGAUCCUCCGGCCGGGGGGGUACGUGGUCAUCCGGGAGAGUACCUACUUCCUGAACGCCAUCUCCACGCUCGCCAAUGGCCUGCGCUGGGGUUGCCGCACCAACGAUACCGAGUACUUCGUGGAGAACGAGAAGCUCCUCAUCUGCCAGAAGAAGCUCUGGUACUCCGCCGACGCCACCCUGUAA